CUGUCAGUCUAAAAACAGAACGAGUGUGUCUCAGUCUGCGACCACCGGCCUCAGCAACACUCCUCUCUGCUCCUACUGCUUUACUUUCUAUCUAAUCUGGGACACCUCGUCCUCCCUCGUCCUCCCUCGUCCUGUCGGGUGAGUCUCUGAGCACCAUGGACAGUCUGGAGAAGCAGCUGAUCUGUCCCAUCUGUCUGGAGAUGUUCACCAAGCCGGUGGUCAUCCUGCCCUGCCAACACAACCUCUGCCGCAAGUGUGCCAACGACGUCUUCCAGGCAUCCAAUCCCUACCUGUCAACGAGGAGCGGCUCCACGGUGACGUCCGGUGGUCGUUUCCGCUGCCCGUCCUGCCGACAUGAGGUGGUUCUGGACCGACAUGGCGUGUACGGUCUGCAGAGGAACCUGCUGGUGGAGAACAUCAUCGACAUGUACAAGCAGGGCAGCACCAGCAGGCCAGUCCCGGAGGUGAAGCAGGAGCAGCCGAUGUGUGAGGACCAUGAGGAGGAGCGGAUCAACAUCUACUGCGUCAGCUGCAGCGCCCCCACCUGCUCUCUGUGUAAAGUGUUUGGGGCUCAUAAAGACUGCGAGGUCGCUCCGCUGGACAGCGUCUUCCAAUCACAGAAGGCGGAGCUAACUGACUGUGUGUCCAUGUUAGUUGGGAACAAUGAGAGGAUUCAGGCCAUCAUCAGUCAGCUGGAGGAAACCUGCAGAACCGUCGAUGAGAACGGCCGCAGACAGAAGUCGAAGGUGUGCGAGACGUUCGAUCACCUGUUCGCUCUGCUGGAGGAGAGGAAAGGUGAGAUGAUCCUGAGGAUCAACUCUGAGCAGGAGGAGAAACUGGACUACAUCAGAGGUCUGAGGAGGAAGCACAGCGAGCACCUGGAGAACGCCGCCAAGCUGGUGGAGAACGCCAUCCAGACGCUGGACGAGUCCGAGAUGGCAGUGUUCCUGCAGGCCACCAGACCGCUGCUGCAGAAGAUCGUGGAGAGCUCCGACACGUCUCAACUGGAUCAAGUUCAGCACGGCUACGAGAAAAUGGAGCAUUUCACGGCUAACUUUGACCGUCAGAGGAGGGCGCUGAUGAGCAUCGACUUCAUCAAACUGGAUGAAGAUGAUGAUGAUGAUGAAGAUGAGGCAGUGGAGGCCAGAGGGACGACAGCAGGAGCCAAUCAGCAGCCUCCACUGUCACCUGCUCAGCCUGCAGGUGUUCAGCUCUCAGCUCCGCCCACUCAGAGACCCCCUGAGGUUCCACCCACCCCUACUGCACAAACAAAAAAACCCGCCCCUUUAUCGUCCACCCAGGCCCCGCCCCCUCUUCCACUCCCCACCGCCAGUCCCGCCCCACAGUCUGAUCUGCAGAGUGAGUCGGAGGACCGAGACGGAGCGAAACACGUCUUCUCCUUCAGUUGGCUCAACCAGAAGUGAAGACAAGGUGAAGCCAGACUCCAUCAAUAAAAGUUCUACUGUCACCCUGCGGGCUUCAGUCGGACUGAAGGAAAGGAAGGAAACAAAUGCAAAAGUCACAUAAUUUAUUUAGCCAUUUAUUUUGGGUCGACAGU